AGUAGAAACUCCCAAAGAUCUCCCAUCAGUAAAAACACAACAUCCCAAAAUCUCACUUUCAGUCCAUUAGAACCCAAUCAGAACCAGAAAAACUCCAAACGCCUCAGAGAAAUGUCCAUGCCCAAGCUCCUUCCCAUGACUGCUCUCCACAUAAUACUCCUUGUCCUCCAUACCCAUUUCUCCAUCUGUGAUGGGGUCUCAGUUUUAGGCCUGAAUUCAGUGCAAAACGGGGAAAUGGAUGUCAUGGUAAGAAGGGUUUGUACCACAAAGGUUGAAGAUUGUUUAGCAGAAGCAGAGAUGGAGUCAGAGAGUAGCAGGAGAGUUCUGGUGAUGCAGAAGAGGUACAUCAGCUAUGAGACUUUGAGGAGGGACAUUGUUCCAUGUGCAAAGCCGGGUGCUUCCUACUAUGACUGCAAUGCUGGUCAAGCAAAUCCUUACAACAGGGGUUGUGAGGUGAUUACAAGGUGUGCAAGAAACAUUAAAGACACCAAAACAUGAAAUCCAGCAGCAUUUGCAGUGAAAUGCCUUUUUUUGAACAGUGGAAAAUAGAAGGAUGCAUAUCCAAAACAUAGGUUGAUUUUGCCAUUGUCCGCUGCAUGUCCAUUUCCAUAGUCAAUCAAACUUAGAGUAGGGUCGACUCGGGAGGUUUAUUAGAGUGGGAAAACACCUUGAUACUCAUAAAACUCAUUUAUUCAAUACUAUUUCUGCUCCAUCUUAAGGACUCCUUUUUAUGAAUUUAAGCCCAUAAACUGCUCAUCUUUUAUUAUUAUUGUCUAUUUUUAACUGACAUAAAAUCAUCAACUUGUA